AUGCUCUCGAACUUUAAAUAUCUCUGCGAUAUGGACAAGAAGUCGGUGCUGAUUUCCAACUUCGAGAAACGCGGCUGGACCGCCGCCGACCCAGACAGUGACGAUUGGCAGUUCUACUGGGCUUCUGUGCCAACAGUCAGAGAUCUUUUUUCUCUCGACAACAAAACUCGACGUCUUCAGCCCAAUCAGAUGGUCAACCACUUCCCAACCUUCUACGAGCUGACGCGCAAAGACCUCAUGGUACGGAACCUGAAGAGAUACCGACGCGACAUCGAGCGCGAACAGGGCACUAAAUUGCCUGAUUUCAUUCCGGCGACAUUCAUACUGCCUUGCGAUUAUAACUUGUUUGUUGAGGAGUUUCGGAAGAACCCACAAUCCACCUGGAUCGUUAAGCCUACCGGCAAGAGUCAAGGAAAUGGUAUAUUCAUCAUCAAACGCCUAGCCCAGCUGAAGAAGUGGCAGAAGGAAUUGUCGGCAGAACACGCCACCGGGGCCAACAAAGAGCUCUUCGUAAUUUCAAGGUAUAUUGACAGCCCGUUGCUGAUCGGAGGCAGGAAAUUCGACCUGCGUUUGUAUGUUUUGGUCACGUCUUUUCUACCAUUGAGAGCUUUCCUCUACGACGAGGGCUUUUGUCGGUUCUGCCAAACUAAAUAUUCUACGGAUGCACAGGAGUUAGGUAACAUGCUCGUACAUCUGACGAACGUUUCGAUCCAGAAGCAAGGCGAAGAGUAUAACUCUUACCACGGAGGUAAAUGGUCGUUGCAUUCUCUGCGUCUCUAUCUAGAGGGAAUGCGAGGCAAAACCGUGACGGACGAGCUCUUCGAUAACAUCAGGAGUCUAAUCGUGCAUUCGCUCAAGGCCGUCUCGAGCGUCAUGAACUCAGACCGACACUGUUUCGAGUGCUACGGGUACGACAUUAUCAUCAACGAAGAACUCAAGCCCUGGCUCAUCGAGGUGAAUGCUUCUCCAUCUCUAGCGACAACCACCACUAAGGACAAGCAGCUGAAAGAGAAACUCAUCGCCGACCUUCUGGAGCUCCUCAACCCCGAAGGGUGUGAUGUUCGAAACUCUCAGACGUCUCUCGCUGAUUUGAAAAUGGGGAACUUCAGAUUGAUCUACGAUGAAGCCAGUGAUUCGUCGAGAACGCCCUCUGGGGGACGGAAGAAAUUGAACAAAUAG